AUGAGCAAGUCGUCAGAGAAUCCCCCGGGCGCUCCAUGGCGUGAUAUUCUUGAUUCUCAUCUCAAACAAACACCCGGAUAUGAAUUCACCAUUGCAACGGUUGGCUAUGAUGCCCAACAACGGCCCGUACCUCGGCUACGGACUUGCGGCUGCCGUGGAUUUUUCCCGGAACUGGAACUCCACCCCAAAGGUCAAGAGGCUAUGGAUCAACAGGUAGAAGGGGGUGGCAACCCACCGGUGUUUGAGAGUGACAUGCUGUCAUUUACAACUGAUGCCCGAAUGGACAAGCUUCCUCAACUUGAGUCGUCAGGUCAUGCGAUUGAGGCCGUGUUCUGGCUGAAAGAUCUUAUGACUCAGUGGCGCAUUAAAGGAACGGCAUAUGCAAUUGGAGACCCAAGCGGAGACAAUUCAUAUGCGGAGAAAACAUCCCGAAUUGAGAUAAUGAAGGCAUUGAGGUCGAAAGACGAUUGUAAUAGCAGCAUUCCUCAAUGGACGUGGGAAAAAGCUGUCACAAAGUACUUUGCAAACCAUUCCCCUAUUGCAAGAGGUACUUUUCGAAACCCUCCACCUGGACAACCUAGGUCCCCAAUCCCUAGCGAAUCCGAUAUUGGUGUAGGCCAAAAGAUUACAGACCUUCAUGACCCUGUUGCGCGGGCAAACUUUCGAGUAGUCGUUAUUCGACCCGAGGAGGUCGAACGUCUAGAUCUUAAUAACCAAGAAGAUGGCAAGAGGUGGGUUUGGAAGCAGACAGGACAGAGCAACGGCGGUGGUGUUCGAUGGCAUGAAAUUGAGGUGUGGCCGUAA